CAUGUGUGCUUGCGCUUCACUCUCUCAUCGAGCGCAUUCGCGGCUGCCUCACGCUGGCCUUUGCGCACGCUCCACAAUCUCGCGACUCCUAUUGUGAGCCAUCCUGCGUUCGCCGCCCACUGACUGCCCUUUGCGACUACCAGCUGCAGAGUGGCACUCGCUCUGAUUCGAUCUCAGUGGCCGCAGGCCAUCAUCCCAGUCUUGAGUCUUUCGAAUCUCUGCGACACAGUCCCCCACCACCAGGCCUUUGCUGCUGCUUGCACUUUCAGGUGCACGCUUCAUGUUGCCUAUGCUCACGUUCUGCACAUCUUAUGGCCCAGGAUUACGUGACUCAGGGGGAGCAGAUCUCAUAGCAGACGAGCACCUCGACUACCGCGUGCAGACGUAGCCUCUAGCGGCGACUCCAAAGUCGCUUUGUCGCGGCACGCAUCGCCGCGGGGUUUUUGCGUCGCGGUCUCGAGGUGGACAUAUCUACUUCGUAGAAGAUGCUUGGACCAGCGGUGCGGACUGCGAGUGGUCCUUCGAGAGGGCUCCAGGCGGCCUUGUCUUGCGCUUCUCCAUACUUGGUAGCCAACUCGGCAUGCGCAUCCCACAGGCAGGGCAAGCAUUGCCGCACCACCACACCUGCAUUUUGCACACCAAACAGGCCUCGCUCUACAUCUCUGCCGCCUCUGGGAGCUCGCUUCUCUUCAAGCUCUGCCACACCUCCUCGCUCUCGUGCAAUCUCCUCCAAAGAUGCGCUAGCGUCCAUAGCCUCCGAUCAAGGUCCUAUUCCUACUCCCAAGCAGCUCAUGGCUCAUCUAGACGCGUACGUCAUUGGUCAAGCCACUGCCAAAAGGACGCUCUGCGUAGCUGUGCACAACCACUUGCUCAGGUGCAGAAUAGAGGAUGCGCAAAGCUGGGAAGAGCAGCGCAAAGGCGAGAUAUCUGAGGAGGAAGGUACAGAUAAUGUGCCCGGAAGCGCGUCGAAGGAGGUGAAGAGGCAAAUCCCUUUUGCAAACAGAGGCUUGACCACGGGCGCCUCGGGAUAUCGCAACAGGCCGCGUAAAUCGCGGUCUCUCCAUCCUGAUAGUCUCCAUCAGGCGCAAGAGCACGAGACGGGGCCAGGGUCUAGGUACGAAGAAGACAUCUUGACCGACUGGGCUGGUCAAGCCAAGGGCCGUCGCUACGUGGAUGGUUACGCCCAAGACGAUGCUGGUGAUGGCAGACCAGAGGCUCAUGCAUCAGGCAGCAGCCAGAAAUUUUUCAACUCGAAUCUGUCGGAGAGUGACAUGCGAGCGCAGCGACAACUUGAGUGGACACGAACGCCUGCAGAUCCCGCUCCUCACUCAGCUUCAAGAGCCGACUCGUCCACUUCUGGCUCGAGUCACGCGAGGAAUCGCGGCCCUGCCCGCACAACUUCGAGCCUCGGAAUCGUUUCCAGUGCAGAUGACAAGCCCAGAUUACCGCGACCGAACGUCCUGCUUCUGGGCCCAUCCGGCUCCGGCAAGACGCUGCUGCUCUCCACCUUAGCUCGAGCACUACGACUGCCCUUUGUGCAUGUAGACGCAACUCCCUUGACCCAGGCGGGUUACGUUGGCGAAGAUGCGGAAAAUAUCGUAGCAAGGCUGUUGUCGGCUGCAGGCGGAGAUGUCCAAGCCGCUCAGCGAGGUAUCGUUGUCCUUGAUGAAGUGGACAAGCUAGCGCGCAGACCUGGGGAUUCUGCUUCGAAAGACGUGUCCGGUGAAGGCGUGCAGCAGUCGCUCCUCAGGAUAUUGGAAGGGGCAAUCAUCAGCGUGCCGGAAAAGGCAGCCGCUGGCAAUGCUGCGCAGGCUGCUGCUGCUUCUGCUCCUGGCUCAGCCAAAGCUGGAAGACAAACGCAACAGCCUUGGUGGCCCCCAGGCAGAGAAGCAGAGAAAAGGCAGGAAGGUCCACGUCUCGUCGAUACCUCUGGGAUACUGUUUGUGCUUUCCGGGGCUUUCAUCGGUCUCGACGACGUCAUCAAACGGAGAUUGAGAGGUGUUGCUGCUGCUUCAGCAGUAGAAGGUCGCGAAGUAGACCAAAGCCGGCGUGCUGCUGCUGCUGCCGCUUCCCGGAGAGCAUCAGAUCUCUACGAUCUGGCCGAGGUCGAAGACCUGACAGCAUAUGGCCUGAUUCCCGAGUUCAUUGGUCGCGUGCCCGUGAUGGCUGCUCUGAGCGCUCUUUCUGAAGAAGAAUUGCUGAGAGUCAUGACCGAACCUCGACAUUCCUUGACGCAAGAAUACGAAACGCUGUUCCGAGCAUACGGGGUGGAGCUGCGCUUCACUUCCCUGGCGCUGCAAGUCUUUGCUUCUCAGGCUGUCAGUCGAAGAACAGGCGCUCGUGCAUUGCGGAGAAUGGUGGAAACGACGCUGUUGGACGCGCAAUUCACGGCCCCAGGCAGCUCGAUCAAAUACGCGUUGGUCGACUGUGCGGCAGCUCGGGGAGAUUCCGAUGUGCAGCUGUUUUCGAGGGGCGCAAAAUCAAUGUUCGAGAGGGCGUGGGAGGAAGAGAAAGGCUCCGCACAGAAGAAGGGCAAAGCUUCGUGCGCGGGCAAACCCUUCAAGAAGGACGGUCAGAGCGCCAGUUCGAAUCGAUCGCAGGCGCAAGGAUCGCUCGACUGGGGCCAGGGCAUGGGCAUUCCGCCUGAAGUGAGGCGGGCCAGACAAGCUGCGAUGAGCUCGGCGAGGCCUGGCGCACGAAGCACAUCGGCGUCAUCCAGCGCUGCGCGGCAUUCUGGAUCCAAUGGUGGCGUCAAAUCUGGAGCGCGCAAGACGUUGCGAUCGGACGAAACUACUCUGCGACGCGCGAUACGGACACGGCUUUCCAGGCCUUCGCGAGUAGGCAAUUUGCGCAUCAUUGCAGAGUAAUUGCCCAUUUUAUUUUACAACUCCUGUGCUUGAGCUCUGCAAGGAAUGCACAGAGGUCCAGACGAACGGCACGUCUGGUGCGU